AUGUCCAAGCGCGCUCACUCCAAGAUUUCAUCAGGUAAUGUACUUGACAGUAUGCUGAGCUCGCUGUCCCGUACGAAUGAAUCGACGUUUACAGCGAAGAAGGCGGAGGCACAGGUGGCGAAACUCACGGCAGGUCGCGGCCAAACCAUCACCGUGGACGAAAACUCAGCGGCACCUGACACUGCAAUCGCUCAAUUUCUACUGGAUAUGCGAGCGCUCAUUGAUGAGAAGGGCUUUGGUGCCAAUGUGGAGGUAGAGCUGCGGCUUGGCCACAUCACAUCGUGUCUGCAAGAAGCACGCUGUCGCCCAUCCCAGGAGGGGGUGGACGCGGCCGUCGUGCUCUCAGACACACAGAUCAAAGCUAUAGGCGCUAAAUUCAAUCCCGGUGUAGCUGAGAUGGACUACAAGGGCUUUUUGCGUGGAGUGGAGGGCAUGUUGCGAGGAGACGCGUAUUCGGAGCACAAGGAAAAACAGGUAGUGCACAACAUGGGGCAGUCGAAGCGCAUCGUACAGGAGGUGGACCCACAGACCAACAUAAGAGGCAAAUCCAUGGUACAAGUAAAGGAACGACUUGGCAAUAUUGACGUUUUUAUGCCACACUGUCAGUACGACUGUCGCGUGUCCAUCUCGUGCGAGUUCCCUUUGCGUGAGCUGGAGGGAGAUAUGAGUGAAAUGCCUGCAGCUGAGAGUAUCCGCCACAAGGACCGCGUGUCGGCAGUCGGACGUGAUUUACGUGUAGACCUUACCAAGGUUCUGGAAGAGAGCACGAAUAAAAACCUAUUUGAAGUUGAGGUGGAGCUGAGCGAGCCCGCGGUGAAUCGAUGGCUCAGUCAACCCGAUGAAAAUGGGCAAAGUUGGAAGAGUGCUAUUGAAACGUCGUCGCUGCUGUGGAAGAUGGUAAAGUAUUUCAUGCCCAAUUCGGGCCAGGCAUUCAAACGCAAUUGGGACUUCCCGGGUGCGACGGAGGUGCAGAAUGCUUACCAAGGGCGACUGGGCAUUCGUGGCAAGUUUAGUGGAACAAUGCCUGUUGGUUUCGCGCGCUGGCAUAUUCCGCUUGUGCAAAGUCGCGAGUAUUUUGUUUCAGAGAAGACGGAUGGCGUUCGCUACUUCCUCGUUGUGGCUGGCGGCAACACGGUGCUGGUCGAUCGCUCCAAUUCGCCCUUUACUGCGUCAGGUUUGGAUUUGCUAAAGUUAGUGCUGCCCGAAGGCACAGUGCUCGACGGCGAGCUUGUGUUCCACCAGAAGGAUAAACGCUACGUGUUCAUUGUAUUCGAUAUUAUUGCGACAGGUUCAUCAGCUGCAGACUCUCACGUUGACAAGCCAUUCGUUGAGCGCCUCCGGAUACUGAACGAUUUUCUGUCGGAAGAUGGCCCCUAUGCAUCGGGCAUCCGUGACCUGGACAUUAAUCGCCACGCUAUCAUGCUUAUUUUGCGUAAAAAAUGGGUGCACCAUCGCCAUAUCAUGGAUGUUUUCCGCCAGAUUCAGCGUGUGCAGAAGCGUGACCACAGUCUUGGUCGCAUAUACAGUGAUGACAAACGUGUGCAUUACACGGACGGUAUUGUGUUCUGCCCCAACACUAAAUACGUGCCGAACACGCACCCAGAAUAUUUGAAGUGGAAGUGGUCGGAUCUCAUCACUAUAGACUUCCUAGCCACGUUGAACCAGGCAGGUGAUGGUGUUCAGUUGUCAUGCGGCGGUCCCCGCAACUCUCUCGUCGAGCUUGAUUCGGUCGUGCGGUUGGACCCAAAGGAUGUACCUGUGGUGCUCAAACUCGUCUUGAGAACGCCCAACCGCCAGGCUAUCAUGGAAUUCGGUUUCAAUGCAGAUAAGGGACUCUGGAAUUACAAGUGCACCCGCCCGGACAAGGAUAGUGCCAACUACAUCCGUACUGUUCUCGGCUCGCUUGUAAAUAUGGCCGAAGGCAUUUCGGAGGAGGAGCUGCAGUAUCGACUGACGAACCCAAAUGGCCAGGAAUGGAACAACCACAUGAAGCGCCUGCGUCGCUCACUGUUAGAGCAGCCCAAGUAA